AUGAUUGGUGUGUGCAAAUUCACCUUGCAGAAAUCCUUUUUGCAGAAAAUUAAUUCAAAGUCGUCAUGUUAUUUAUCAAAGAUUACAGUAUUAAAUCCAGCAUUGACAUCCCAGAUAAAUACAGCAUAUUGCAGUCAGUGUGGAGGAGAUGUAACAAAAAAGGAAUGGCUCAGUCAAGACGAAAGAGGCUUGCAUCAUUUCCCGUACCCUACCAGAAGAUUUGCAUUUGCAGAUAGAUCCGCCAGAAUCCACAGUGUUUAUUCCAAGAAAAAGUACAGUCUUCUUGGCAGCACUUCCACUUCCACAUCAGAUCAUAGCUUCAGUAUAUCUAGAAACUUUUCAACAACUUGUAGAACAUUAUCAACAUCACCUUCCCUAGAAGCAGCGGUGCUAGCAGCUAAGAGCACAAGUACCUCGAAGGAGAUCCUCUUUGGUGAUUUCUUCCCCAUUUAUGGAGCAGAAAAAGUCAUAGUCUACUUUCACCAGAUAACAGGCCUGCCCUGGUGGUUCACAAUUAUCCUGACAGCCUUCAUGCUCCGGGUGGUGGUGAUGAUUCCUUUUACUGUGCACUCCUAUCGCAACAUGGCCAAACUUCAGAAUUUACAGCCGGAAGUGAAAGAAAAGGCAGAAAGACUCAAGUUGGAAGUGUCAAUGGCCAUGCACCAGUUUGGAUGGGAUCAGAAGCGAGCAAGGAUGGAGUAUAAUAAAAAUUUCAAACGCAUCCUGAAUGAGCUUUACAUCAGGGACAAUUGUCAUCCAAUGAAAGGAAUCGCUGCCUUUUGGUUACAGAUGUCUGUGUGGCUCAGUGUGUCAUACGCUUUACGGAACAUGUCAACGAGGGCCGCAGAUCCUAAUCUUGAAGGCCACGAUGGAUGUAAAGAUCUGUCUGAACAGGGAUUAGCCUGGUUUUCUGAUCUGACUGCAGCAGAUAGUACCUGGCUACUUCCACUUAUGAUGGGAACUGUAACACUCUUCAAUGUUGAAGUGGGCUACCUGAGUGCACCUGAGGUAACCAGGUUCCGAAAAUGGCUGACUUAUGGACUACGAUGUGGCUCGUUGAUCUUUAUCCCACUUAGCUCACUGAUGCCUUGUUCGAUGGUGCUGUACUGGAUCAGCUCGGGGACCUUUGCUGCAGUCCAAAGUUUUCUGUUUGAAUAUUCUCCAUUCAGGCGAUUACUGAGCUUGCCCAAGUCUAAUACAGAAAGUAAUAACCCCUUGCGUUCUCUCGGACUUAAAGCUAAAGCGAGGUACUGGAGCAAAUAG